AUGUUUACCAUAUCAGGAAACCUAAAUGAAAUGUAUGUACUGAAUAAGUCUCUCAAUGAGGAUAACAAUCGCUCAGCGUUAAUGGAAGCACGCAUUAAGCCAAAAAGUAAUGGCAACGUCAAAGGAAGUGUGACGAUUUCUUAUAUGCGUCUCGACGAAGAAGUUUUCUAUAUGCGCCGCCAGUUUCUGACGCUGAUGGAAUCGAUUCCGCGUGAUAACGCAUCAUUUCACGUCGCGCGUAAAGCCAGCGCUCAGCUCCUCAUGAUGACGCUGAUCAGGCUCGCUUUCUUUUUAUGA